AUGAUUAAGUGUAGUGAACUUUCUUGCAAUCAAACCACAUUGGUAGAGCAGACUCCAUCACAAAGGUUGCUUUUGUUUAAUAUUCUGUCGCUUGAUAAAGAAGAAGCUUUAUCUGAUGAAUCCCCUGGUACAGGAGGCGAUGGAGAAAAGUAUAUUAUUCAAUGGAGAAAAAUAACAGCAGAGGUUAACCAUUUCACAACAGAUACAAGCAGUUCGAAUAGUUGUUGUAGUCAGGAAGAUAGACUGUUUUUAUCUGAUACACGUCUUGAAAAAGAGGAGAAUGAAGAUUCUGUAUCUAUCAUAUCAUUUAGAAGUGAUUCACUCAGAUUGUAUUCUAGUUCUUCAGAAUCGAUUUCUGACAUUGAUGAAGAAAAUAGUAGUCUACCUUCUUUGAGUGAACAGCUUGCAUCAUGGGCUACUAGAAACAAAUGUAGGCAAGACUGUGUUAAUGAAAUUUUGAAUAUUUUAAGACAAAAUGAUCACUCUACUCUUCCCAAAGAUUGUCGCACCCUACUUCAAACUCCAAAGUCUAUAUCAUGGGUUGAGAAAUGUGGUGGUAUAUAUGCUUACUUUAGAAUUGAAAGUGGAAUUAUGGAAACAAUUUUUAACAACAUUUUUUUUUUAAACCAAAAUAAAGACAUUGAUUUAAUAAUUAACAUUGAUGGUCUUCCCCUUUUUAAGUCUUCAAAGAUACAGAAAUAGCCUCCUAUUUUAGCUAAAUUUAAUAAGUAUGAUGCAUUUAUUGUGGCACUUUUUUGUGGAAGCUCAAAGACGACAUCUUUAAAUGACUUUUUGCAAGAUUUUAAAAUGGAAGUUAUUAAUCUUUUACAAAAUGGAAUUAAUUUUAACGAUAGAAAAAUAAAAGUUAAUUUAAAAUGUUUUGCAUAUGAUUUUCCUGCCAGAGCAUUCCUUAAGUCAAUUGUAAGUCAUUCGACAUACCAUUCAUGCGAAAGAUGCGUGAUAAAAGGAUCUUGGAGUGGGAGAGUUGUUUUUAAUUCUAAUGCUAUUCACGAGAUUCGGACAAAUUUGAAAUUUUCUGCUAUUGGUUAUCCGAAUCAUCAGAAAGCCUCAACACCUUUGAUAGAUUGUGGCGUAAACUGUGUAACAGAUUUUUCUCUUGACUACAUGUGUUUGGUAUGCUUGGGGGUUGUGAAAUGCAUAAUAAAGUUUUUUAAAAGUGGUCCUCGACAUAGUAAACUACCAUUUGGGCAAAUAUCGCAGAUGUCUAAAAAAACUAACUGA